AUGCAGGCCAAAUUUCUAUUCUUUGUUGUUGCUGCCUUUUGGAUAGUAUCUGCCGUUGCUGGACAGAUCAAUAUUUGUUCUUCGAAUCCAUGCAUGAAUAACGCACAAUGCAUCGCACUGAAUGGAAAUACUGAUUUCUAUUGUAUAUGUCCUUCUAAUCUUCCAGUAGGUGGGAAGAGAUGCGAUCAACUAGUUUUUCCAACAACAACGACACCAACUGCUACAAUGACCCCUUCGCCAUGUGCGCCGAAUCCAUGCAUGAAUAAUGGCAUUUGCACGGUUUCACAAUUCUCGAACUCGUACACAUGUUCGUGUACUUCGUAUUACUAUGGAACACAAUGUGAACACGUGAAUCGAUGUUUGUAUCAACCACAAGUUUGUCGUAAUGGUGGCACAUGCAUCCACGGUAUUAACGGAGCGUUUCAGUGCCAAUGUCCACCAUCAUAUACUGGAAUAUAUUGUGAAAAUUUUGGUUCAGUAUCAACAAUUUGCACAUCAAAUCCUUGUAAAAACGGUGCAACGUGUAUUUCCUAUAAUAAUAAUGCCAAUUAUUAUUGCCAAUGCCCAUUGGAAUACACCGGAUCGACAUGCACAACACCAACUACAGUUUGCCCAGUUGAUUAUUGUAAAAACAAUGGUCAAUGUACAUUUGAUUAUACAUUGAAUCGAUUGAGAUGUGCUUGUCCUGGAACAUUUUCUGGUCAAUAUUGUGAAAUUCCCAUUGGUCAGUCAAACGCAUGCGCAAGUAUGCCUUGUUAUAAUAACGGUAGUUGUACACCGGCUGGUGCAUCAUUUUUAUGCCAUUGUAAACCACCAUACAGCGGUAAUCAAUGUCAACUGUCCACGUCAAUAACACCUUGCUCAUCAUCACCGUGUCAAAAUGGUGGUGUUUGUACGAGUAUUGGCAAUAGUUUUCAAUGUGACUGCCCAUUCGGAUUUCAAGGCCCAACAUGUGCGACAGUUGUGAGCGGUAACUGUUUUGCUGUUCCAUGUUUAAAUGGUGGAAAAUGUGUUUCGGCUGGAGCAUCUCUUCUAUGUUCCUGUCUACCUGGCUAUACAGGAGCGAGAUGUGAACAGCAAACAUCAUCGAAUACACUGUGUGAAAUGAAUCCCGGUUUUUGCAAACAAGGAGGCACAUGUGUUUCAAAUUCAACUCAUAUUCGAUGUAUCUGUCCACCGGGAACCGAAGGACAAACUUGUGAAAAAACGUCUUCAUCUCCUUGUGGCUUUAAUGAUCCUUGUUUGAAUGGAGGAAGUUGCUAUUCUAAUGGUGUAACGCAAGUUUGCUACUGUCCAUCGCCGUACACCGGAAGACGGUGUGAAACGAAUACGAAUGUAAUUGCACCUAACGGAUGUAGUUCUAACCCAAAUUAUUGCAAAAACGGCGGAACAUGCAUCUUACUGAAUAGUGCUCCGUUUUGUUAUUGUCCACCUCCGUAUACGGGAGCAACUUGUGAACAAUCGAAUUCAGGUGGAGGCAAUGGUAUUUGCAGUGCCGUUCCAAAUAUAUGCAAGAAUGGCGGAACGUGCCUACCUGUAGCAGUCGAUGCAUUCACUUGCAACUGUAUGCCAGGAUACACGGGCUUAAGUUGUGAAACUACAACAACAGCUAACAGUUGUUUUAAUAAUCCGGCAAUGUGUUUGAAUGGUGGCGCUUGUACUUUGUCCGGAGGUUCGUACAAAUGUGCCUGUGCAUAUGGUUACACUGGUCAAUUUUGUGAAACAUCUUUAUCUUCAUGUAAUUCGAUGACAUGUUCGAAUGGAGGCACAUGUGUAACAAUAUCAAAUGGGCCCGGUUGGGCGUGCUUUUGUCGAGAAGGUUUUACAGGUGAUCGAUGUCAAAAUCAGCUGAGUGCUAGUCAAUGUGCAUCGCAACCUUGCCUCAAUGGGGGUAGAUGUGUUCAAGGAGCACUGACAUACACUUGUCAGUGCUCAUAUCCAUAUGUAGGAGAUCGGUGUCAAUCAACGACUGGUACUAACUAUUUGUCAUGUUCUACUAAUCCAUGUUUGAAUGCUGGUACAUGCACAAACGUUGGCAACGGCGGAUUCAGUUGUUCAUGUCCUCCUGGUUUUACUGGGAGAACAUGCGAAACAGACAUUCGACCAUCAUCGUGCACAAUUAAUUGUUCACCGGGCUAUUGUUUUUCCAAUCCUGCUAGUCAACCACCAUACGCUUGCUACUGUCCCGAUCAAAGUGUUCAAUUAAGUUCUUGCAUGGCUUAA